UACUGUAGUUGUACAGUACUGUACAUACCGCGUACGGUAUUUACACAUAAUUACCACCUAACCUGUGUAACCAGGUUUCCGGCACCGUCACAUGCUAGUACUAGAACAUACAUGAACGUGCAACUUCAGGCCCCGACCUGGCCAGCACGUAACGAGCGACCCCCCCAUUGAACCCGCUGGCCAUAUUUCAAACCUUCUUCAGCACUGCCCCCUCCCCCCAUAUAUACACUACCAUGUCGUCCCCCAGCAAGCCCGCCUCCCCAGGCCGGGAAGGCGGCGCCAUAGCGGGCGAUGACAAGCCCCGCCUCACGGAGGAGGAAAAGAAGCAAAACCACAUUGCCUCGGAGCAGAAAAGACGGCAGGCAAUUAGGGAGGGUUUCGACCGGCUGACUGAGCUGGUUCCCGGACUGGAGGGCCAGGGGCGUUCAGAGGGGGUGGUCUUGAAGCGCACCGUGGAGUUUAUGCGAGAGAAGCUGCAGGAGAGGCGGGAUCUCGUCGCGAGUGUCGAGAACGAGGGCGGGCAGGUGGAUGACAGCAUGAGGCGGUAGGAGUUUCGCAGGGUAUCGCGUUCACGAGCUGAACGAAGAGAAGCGGGGGUCGGGUCAACCACAGCCAACAAGUAGUAGCCGGGACAAGAAGAUCACGGGUUCAACUCGGAUAGGACCGUCGAAAGACGAGCCCCAUCCAAGCUGCGGGAUACCCAAGGCAUCUGGGGAGCGAGGAGCACCCU